AUGGGAUCUCUCCUCGAAAACAAGGGCCGUCUCGCUGGCAAGAACGCCAUUGUUACUGGUGCUGCCGGCGGCAUCGGUCUCGAGACGUGUAUCCUUUUCGCCAGGGAGGGUGCCAAUGUCCUCAUGACCGAUAUUUCGGGGCCCGCGCUCGAGAAGGCCAAGGCGAAGGUCACACAAUUGGUUCCCAACGCUGGCAAGGUUGAGACAAGAGUGACCGACGUCUCCAAGGAAGCCCAAGUGCAAGCUGCUGUCGAAUCCCUCGACUCCUGGGGUGGCCUCGACAUCAUCUUCAACAACGCCGGUAUUAUGCACGCACAGGACGACGACGCCGUCGGCACGCCCGAGAACAUCUGGGACCUGACCAUGAACAUCAACGUCAAGGGUGUAUGGUACGGCUCCAAGCACGCCGUGCUCUCCUUCCGCAAGCACAAGAAGACCAAGGGCAGCGUCAUCAACACUGCCUCGGUCGUCGCUCUUGUCGGUUCCGCCACCCCGCAGCUCGCCUACACUGCCUCCAAGGGCGCUGUCCUAGCGCUCACCCGCGAACUGGCCAUCGUCCACGCUCGCGAGGGCUUCAGAUUCAACAGCUUGUGCCCGGCGCCGCUCAACACACCGCUGCUCCAGGACUGGCUCGGUGAUGAUAUCCCCAAGCGUAUGCGCCGUGAGAUCCACUUCCCCGGCGGUCGAUUUGGCGAGGCCAUCGAGCAGGCACAGGCCGUGUUGUUCCUGGCCAGCGACGAGGCCAGCUUUGUCAAUGGACACGAGAUGGUUGUUGACGGUGGUAUGACCAAGGCCUAUGUCACACCCGAGGGCCAGCCUACCGCUGCACCUACCAACAACGCCCUGAAGGAUCAGCUGUAA